AUGUCUUCCUCUGCACACUGUACCGGGUCCAACUUCCCUGGGCGCCUGGAAAGCCCCAUCUGUAGCUCCAAUGCUGAGCAAGAUGACCACCGUCUUCCCAAGUUUGAGGACUUUGGGGAGGCUGAGGCAAUUCCCCAUGGCCCCUCCAGUGAUGCCACCCUGGAAUGUGUGAGAGUGGACAUGAUGCAAAAUGAGAACAAGAGCGACCACCACUGUCACUUGUACGAAGGCAAAAACAACAUUCUCAUCGUCCGCAGAGCCCAAGAGUUUCAGAUGACCCUCCAGUUCAACCAGCCCGUAAAUCCCAGUGACAACUUCCAGAUUGAGUUUUACAUUGGUAUCAAUACCUACAUGUUGAAUGGCACAAAGAUCAUCAUCUCCUUUGGCGGCUCACAAACUGGGAAUUGGACCGGCCGCAUAAUACAGCAACAAGGGGAUGCGUGCGUGGUGGGCAUCACCCCUUCUGCGGAUGCCAUCAUCGGGAAGUACUACACGAGUGUGGCGGUCAUCGGGUCCAAUGGAAUCUCAAGGACACAAAAGGACUCUGGAACAGACUUCUACCUCCUGUUCAACGCCUGGGCGUCCAAUGAUGAAGUGUACAUGCCCAAUGAGGAAGAAAGGCAGGAGUAUGUGAUGAAUGAAAAUGGCUACAUAUACCAGGAGGAAUCAGGUGAUGGAAGACAAUGGUAUUAUGGUCAGUUUGUGGAAGGGAUUCUUGAUGCCUGUAUCAAAAUCUUGGAUGACUCACACAUGCCUCUAGUAAACAGAGGCGAUGCUGUCAAAGUCUGCAGGAUAGGCUCUGCAAUGAUGAACUCCCAGGAUGACCGCGGGGUCUUGGUGGGCAACUGGAGCGAUGACUACUCCCUUGGCACUGCACCAACCUUCUGGAUUGGCAGUGACCAGAUCCUGCUCCAGUACGUCAACAAAGGGCCCGUCAGCUUCGCCCAGUGCUGGGUCUACGCCGGGACGUUCAACACCUUUCUGCGGUGUCUGGGCAUCCCUGCCAGGGUGAUCACCAACUUCAACUCUGCCCACGACAACACAGGGAACAUAGUCACAGAUCUCGUCUUCAACUCAGUGGGAAAUGUACUUGAACUGAACGAGCGCCUCACCAGAGACUCAAUCUGGAACUACCACUGCUGGAAUGAGGCUUACUUGUCCAGAUUUGACCUCCCUGCAUACCAGAACUUAGGUGGCUGGCAGGUGGUGGAUUCAACCCCCCAGGAAACCAGUGAUGGAUAUUACCGCUGUGGACCUUGCUCUGUCAAAGCCAUCAAGGAAGGAAUGCUUGGCUAUCAAUUUGAUGCCCCGUUUGUGUUUGCUGAGGUGAAUAGCGACGUUUACAAAUACAAGCUAAACUCACAAACUGGGAAAACUGAGUUACUAAGCGUAGACACAACUUAUGUCGGCAUGAAAAUCCUGACAAAGUCCAUUGGUGGAAACAAUUAUGGGCCAAUGGACAUUACAGGGACGUACAAAUACCCAGAAGGCAGUAGUAAAGAUAAGGAGACCAUGAAGAAUGCCGGGAGAACCUACAAGGCGCAUUUGCAAUAUGACGAUGAGCAGGGCGUGGAGAUGACGCUGGAGAUACCGCAGAAGCGUGUGAAGAUUGGCCAGAACUUCCAGAUGGCUGUGGUCUUCAGGAACCUGAGUGAAGACACACGCACCAUCCAUGGCCUCCUGGUUGGCUCCACAAUCUACUACACCAACAUCCAAAGGGCUCAGUUCAAGCAGGAGACCUUUGACGUCACUCUGAAACCCAUGGAGACGUCGAGGAUACAGGUGGUCGUGCUGGCCCAGAACUACAUGCCCAAGCUGGGUUGCCAAUCCAGCCUCCGCUUUGUGGUGACGGCCAAGAGCAUGGAGAACAACCAGGACUUGAUGGCCAUACAGAUAGUGAACCUGAAAAGCCCCGAGUUGGCCUUUGCGAUUGUUGUGAAUGGACCAUCUCUAUUUGAACAGAUGAGUGGACCAGCGAAGGUGAACCAGGAGAUAUUUGUCAAGGUGGAGUUCACCAACCCGUUCCCAUUCAGCCUGUAUAACGUGAGGAUGGCCAUGCAAGGGCCUAAUUUCAUCUCAUACCGGGAAAAGUUGUACAGUGAGAUCGCUACCGGCACCUCAAUCACCUGGAUGGAGUCCUCUGUCCCUACGAGGUCUGGGAAUACAAUGGUCUAUGCUGUCCUGGACUGCUCGGUCCUUGGGAAUGUGCAAGGCAAUUGGGCCAUCGGCAUCCAGGCCUGA